CGUGCCUGCCUAAAUGCUACUAGAUGGCCGAGGGUAUUGCUUGCUAUAGGAGUGAGUCGAAGGCGCGCGAUAGGAUAUGAUGGCUAGGAGCAGAAUGGCCGGGUCCGUAAAUACAGCCUUGCCUGCCCAGGAGCACUGGCUGGCGAGGGUAGCCGCACUUGCGCGCGAUGCUUCGGAGGGCCUUCAUCGGAGCACGAGAAGUUGCUGCGUGGUUUUUUUCGUGCAGAUAGGCCACUACAACGCCACUUUGGGUGGCGGCUUUGCGUAGCAUGGGGCUAUCUAACCGCCUAUCAAAAGCCGCCUUUUAUCGAAGGUUUGCUACUAUGAAUUCGUGGCUUGGUAUCUAUGACGAGGGAGACGAGCGUAUGGUGAGACGUACAAUGGAGUGAUGUGAGAGCAAUCUGAGCGAUGAUAGCGAUGUAAUCGAGAGAAAGGAGCGCUUUCUGAAAUGUGCGCUUUAUUCGCGGCUGUUGAUGCAGCCGCAUCAUGGGGGUGGUAUUUCAGGAUGUUGAUAUAGUUCCAGCGGACUCAGAGUAUGGCUCUCCCUGCCUUGAUGUCUUACGCGACCAGCAUGCACUACUACAUGGUUGUGGUUGAGGAUACAGCAGUAGAUGGAGGUUUUGGUACAUGGUGGUGGUGCGCGUCUCAGCAAGAGUCGGCCAAUACAGCGAUCAUGGCUCAUCUACGAGAAAUGUAUGCUGGUUUACGCUUUGCGGAGCUGGUCGGUCUCAUAUUUGCACAGAACAGAACGGCUUCGCAACGUGAGGUGCUGCACAGAAGGUGAUCAUGCUGCACAGAAAAAUGUAAUCUCUCUGGGUGACAAUUCACUCUUGUGGUCGUGGGUGUUGCCCGAAAUAGCAGAAACUUGCUUGCUUUACUUCGCUAACAAGAAGUGGGUUUUCCUGAAUCAAUGUUGAAUAUCUUCGAUGUCUCUAGUAUGAUCUCAGGAGGACGAAAUCGGUACAUAGAAGUUUGCGAAAGAAAAUGCCGCGAAAGUAUGGCACCGUUAUGAAAACCAAAAACAACGUCUGCAUCUUUUAUGUGAUAAAUUUACAGAAUCAU